CAUAACAAACGCAAUCAAACGUGAAUCCGGCGCUAGGAUAUAAAGAUUUAAGUUUUUCUUUUGAUUAAUACUGAAAAGCAGCUAAAAUGGCUCAAACUACCGUUGCCAAUCAAUCAACUUUGUUACCGCUUGAAUUGGUGGACAAGUGCAUCGGUUCUAGAAUACAUAUAAUCAUGAAAAAUGAUAAGGAAAUCGUUGGAACUCUACUGGGAUUCGAUGAUUUUGUCAACAUGCUGCUGGAGGAUGUGACCGAGUACGAAAACACAUCGGAAGGCCGAAGAAUCACCAAGCUGGAUCAGAUUCUACUGAACGGGAACAACAUAACCAUGCUUGUCCCUGGAGGUGAUAUACCGGAAGCGAAUUAGGAACCAAAAGGUCAGCCAGGUUGUUUUUCCUUUAAUUGAUUGAUGUAACUAUAAAUUAUUGCGUAAGAAUAACAUAA